AUGAUUUGCUUCCAGCCUCACAAGCCUUGGUCUAUAGGAAUUGAACAAAAAAUACGAAGGAAGGAGAUUUUAUGUUUUUAUAUAAUAUGUGAUGUUAAUCCUUCUAUGCAUGUAUACAAAUAAACAUGACAUAAUAAAAUAUUCCAGGCAAAUUCGACAUCUGUAACAACUUUUUUCUUCGUGGAAUUUUCCCGGUACCCCAAAGUUGAGAUCAUCAUAUUUGUGCUGUGCUUGCUGAUGUACCUGCUCACCUUGCUGGGUAAUAUGAUUCUGAUCUCUAUCACCAUCCUGGAUUCCCACCUACACACACCCAUGUACUUCUUCCUCAGCAACCUCUCCUUUUUAGACAUCUGGUACACUUCUCCUGCUCUCACUCCAGUGGUGGCAAAUUUUGUUUCAGGGAAAAACGCCAUCUCAUUCUCAGGCUGUGCUGUUCAGAUGUACGUCUCUCUUGCCAUGGGCUCCACUGAGUGUGUGCUCCUGUCCUUGACGGCAUAUGACCGGUAUGUGGCCAUCUGCAACCCCCUGAGAUACCCCAUCAUCAUGAACAAGAGGGUUUGUGUGCAGAUUGCAGCUGGCUGCUGCGUGACGGGCUGCCUCACUGCCCUGAUGGAAACAGUGUCUGUGCUGCAGUUGUCUCUGUGUGGUAAUAGCAUCAUCAAUCAUUUUGCUUGUGAAAUACUGGCUGUCUUGAAAGUGGUUUGUGUAGACACCUCCACGGUGCAGUUAAUCAUGCUGGUGAUCAGCGUACUUCUUCUCCCUAUGUCAAUGCUCCUCAUUGGUGUCUCUUAUGCACUCAUUCUGUCCAACAUCAUGAGAAUCAGCUCAGCGGAUGGUCGAAGCAAAUCCUUUUCAACAUGUGCAGCCCACUUGAUUGUGGUGCUUUUGUUCCAUGGGACAGCUCUCUUUAUGUACCUGAAGCCUUCAGCUGUAGAUUCACAGGAAAUAGAUAAAUUUAUGACUUUUGUAUAUGCUGGGUUAACCCCCAUGUUGAAUCCCGUCAUCUACAGUCUACGAAACAAACACGUGAAAGCAGCUGUGAAAAAAUUGCUGAUUAGAAAUCCUUUAGUCCUGUCUUAAUUUCUGUCCUUAAAGAACAUUAGAGCAAGCACACUCAUCUGGAUAAUCUCCAACACUAUCCAGAAAGCUGCAAAAUAGAUGGCUGAAAUCAAACCCUGGAAAAUGCUCAUUUUUCAACAGGAGCUCAACAUUAAGCCUGAUAUCUUGAUUGACAUUGUAAAUAAAACUCUUUUUAUUAAUGAAUCACUUAUGCAGAAUGAAUUCUAUUUCCA